GCGUUUAUUGUGGCGUCGUUUCUUGGCAAAAGUGACGCGUGUGAAUCUUUUUCGUGCAAUAGAUCGACACUUUGUAGAGAUUGAGAAAAUAAAGACGUAGAAAUAAUGGCCGAUCAACCAGAGUGGAAGCCUGUCGUGCAAAACAUAGUCUUGGAACUUGAAGAGGCAUUCGAUAAUCUCCAGAGAACCUGGGAAGGCAUUGGAUGUACCAAGGAUAUGCGAACAACAUAUUAUGUACAAGCGCAUAGUCAUGUAAAAGAAUUGUUAAAUGACAUGGUCGCUGAAGCAGAAUCAAAGCAACAGUUGUUAUUUUCUAAUAUACAAGAUCUGUUGAAACAAACAACAUCAUUGUAUGUAGAAUUACAAAUGGGCAUAGUACCGAAAACAUAUGACCAUGUCCCUUUGUACCAAGUUGAACAAAUUCUUCAAACAGAUUUACAAAAUUUAGAGUGUAUAAAGAAAGAACGCAUCAUAAUGCUCAAGGAGUUAUUGUUGAAGGAACAAGAAAUUUGCAAGAAGCUCGGAUGUAAAGCAUUAAACAUAAUCGAGAACGUUAUACCUACAGAGCAAGAUCUUGAGAGCUUUAAGCUUUAUCUACAAAAGCAAGAGAUUGAAAAGACACAUUUAGAGAAUGUUUUUACAGAUACACGCUGUUCCAUAAUCAAAAUGAUGAAUGAUUUGGGAAUAUCUCCAUCUUCGCCAUUUGUAGAAUUAAUCUGCAACAAUUCCGAGGAGUUUGUGCUGAGUGUGAAUAAUAUGACAAAACUGAAAGAAUAUAAGGAUGAAUUGAAUGUGCAAAUGGAAGACACAAAAUGUUAUAUCCAAAAAAUGAAGGAAGAUUUAUUGGCAUUAUGGAAUUAUCUUGAUGAACCUGCUGAUAUUUGUCAAUCAUUCCUCGAAAGACAUCCUGGUUAUAAUACUAAUACUGUAAAUGCUCUUGCAGCAGAAAUAAAGCGUUGUAAGGAAAAAAGAAAAGAAAAUAUUUUGAAAUAUGUCACACAGAUCAGAUAUGACCUGCUGAAUUUAUGGGAUUUGUGCAAAUACUGUGAAACAGAAAGAAACACGUUUGCACCAUUUUUUUCUAACACAUUCACAGAGGACCUUUUGACGUUACAUGAGUUAGAAGUGGAGAGACUUCGCAAAUUUUAUAACGAUAAUCGAACGAUAUUUGACCUUCUAGAGCAACGCGAAAGUUUGAUAACAAAAGUUAAGGAUUUGCUUCAGCGAGCAAACAAUCCCGAUCGUUAUCACAAUCGCGGAGGCCAAUUGUUGAUGGAAGAAAAAGAACGCAAUGCUAUACAAAGAAAACUACCAAAAAUAGAAACAGAAUUGAGGAAAUUGAUCAAGAAUUACGAGGCUACUCAUAAUAAGAUGUUUACUAUUUAUGGCACAUCAUUGGAAAAUGUUUUAGCAGAGAGUUGGGAAAGUGUCACUCUGGAAAGAGAAUCGAAGAAAAAGGCAAGGAAAGAGGCGAAAGAUAAAUCAAUUAAAAAAUCGCCUUUAUUAAAUAGUUCUAAGCGUACGCCAGGUAUGUCUCACUUGAGCAUACACAGAGGACCAUUAUCAAAACGCAAACUGUUCAGUCCAUCUCCCAACUCAUCGUUAAAACGUAGAAAUAAAAAUGCUGACAAGAAUAAGCCUACUAUCAUUGUAUCCAAAGUCAGAAGGAGUGGAAAACUUCCAAAGAUUGGUCAGAAAACGGGCAGAUCUUCCAAAGGUGGACAGAAAAGGAAGGAAUCACUGUCACCUGUCAACAGCAUCACAGAUACAACAUAUAAUCAGUUUCAGGGCCAUAUGACGGAUAGAGAAGAAUUGCACAGCUCAAUGUUGCCAGAACAGAUACUAAAGAGCUCCAAUAAGAUCAAUGUCAACAAAACUCCAGUACGAACACCCAUGAAACCGUUAAGGAAACAUCUUUCCACAACAUCAUCUUACACUCCCCUCUCCACACGCAAAACGCCGCACAGUCCUCGAGUUAUUAACACCCCAAAACUAACAACAGCUCCGAGUAACUUGCCUUUUAUCUUUUAAACG